CGCAAGCGGCGGGAGAUGCUCCUGCAACAGCUGGGCUUCGUCUGCGCGAUCCUCUUCUUCGUGUGGUGCAUGUCCGCCCUGCUGUCCAAGAUAGGACAAGAGUCAACUAUUGUCGACACAAGCAUUGUGUCAGACUCAUGGAGGAAUCGAAGACUGAUGGCAUCAAAUGACACGUCGGUGGAAAAAGAGAACUGCACACCGCCAGCCAUUCAUGAAUUUCCAGAUGAUGUAUUCAAAAACAAGGAGAGACAGCAAGGAGCCGUGCUGCUUCAUAUCAUUGGUGCUCUGUAUAUGUUCUAUGCCUUGGCCAUUGUAUGUGAUGACUUCUUUGUUCCAUCUUUAGAGAAAAUUUGUGAGAAACUACAUUUGAGCGAAGAUGUUGCGGGAGCCACAUUUAUGGCUGCAGGAAGCUCAACCCCAGAAUUAUUUGCUUCAGUCAUAGGUGUGUUCAUCACUCAUGGUGAUGUAGGAGUUGGAACCAUUGUUGGUUCGGCAGUUUUCAAUAUCCUCUGCAUAAUUGGAGUUUGCGGGAUUUUUGCUGGACAGGUGGUCCGUCUAACCUGGUGGUCUGUGUGCAGGGAUUCAGUUUACUACACACUGGCUGUGAUUGUACUUAUUGCGUUUGUAUAUGAUGAGAAAAUUGUAUGGUGGGAAAGUCUUGUCCUCAUCAUUAUGUACUUGUUCUAUAUACUUAUCAUGAAGUACAAUGUGAAAAUGCAGAAGUUCUUCACGAUCAAAAGCAUGAAUGUUGGGAAUGGCAAUACUGUCACCAGUGAACUGGAAGAUGGUAAUGAUGAAUCUUAUGACAUUAGCUGUGAUGACCCAUCAGUGCCAUUGCUGUGGAAAGUAAAGGGAACGCAACCAUAUGGCCAAAACUCCGUGGUGAUGGUCGAUGAGAUAAUUUGUUCCAGUCCUCCGAAAUUCCGUUUUCCUGAAGCUGGCUUGCGAGUAAUGAUAACGAAUAAAUUUGGACCAAGGACCAGGCUACGGAUGGCGAGUCGGCUGAUUAUUAAUGAGCGCCAGCGACUGAUCCACUCCACCAAUGGCAAAGUGCUCCAGAAUGGGAAACAUGAAAAUAUUGAAAAUGGGGCCAUACAUGUUGAUAACCAAGAAGAGCCAGAAGACGACAAAAAAACCCCUCCAGGAUUGCUUCCUGACGCAAAAUUACUCCUUCCUCUUUCACUUUAUCCAGAAGGAAAACUUGAAAAAGUCAGAUGGGUUCUGACAUGGCCAUUGAUAGUCCUCCUUUUCUUCACCGUCCCAAACUGCAGCAAACCACGGUGGGAGAAAUGUUUCAUGGUGACCUUCAUUUUAUCUACUUUGUGGAUUGCUUUGUUUUCUUACUUCAUGGUGUGGUUGGUUACGAUAAUUGGAUACACUCUGGGGAUCCCUGAUGUUAUCAUGGGCAUUACCUUCCUAGCUGCAGGAACCAGUGUACCAGACUGCAUGGCCAGUUUAAUAGUAGCAAGACAAGGACUUGGUGAUAUGGCUGUGUCCAAUACCAUUGGCAGCAAUGUGUUUGACAUUCUGGUGGGCCUUGGAGUACCAUGGGGCUUGCAGACUAUGGUUGUCAAUUACGGCACAGCUGUUAAGAUCAACAGCAAAGGACUAGUCUAUUCUGUUGUGCUCCUCUUAGGAUCAGUAGCUCUCACCGUGGCUGGGAUCCACUUAAAUAAAUGGAAACUUGACAAGAAACUGGGCUUCUGUGUCCUCUUUCUUUACGCAAUCUUCUUGUGUUUUUCGAUAAUGAUUGAGUUCAACGUCUUCACUUUUGUGAACAUUCCAAUGUGCCGAGAAGAUGACUGA